AAUCGAUUUACAAAUGACUUUUACGAAUAUUUCGAUGUUUUAAAAUUUUAAGGUUUUUGGUUCCGCUGACAAAUUCAAGUGGGUUUUGUGGUUGAAAUUGGUCCGCACGCGUUGUUUGGUCUUUUGACGCGUGAAGCUGCUCGGAGCUGAGGUGCGGUGAUAAUAAUGACUACUUCCUCGGAGACCAAGACAAGGGGACGUUUGAUUCUGCUCGAAGGACUUGAUCGGGCAGGAAAGACGACUCAGUGUCGGCUGCUGUGUGACUACCUCAUAUCUCUGAACGGGGCUGGAUCAUGUCGCGUCCAAAAAGUGCCUGAUCGAACGACGCAGAUUGGACAGAUGAUCAACUCUUAUCUGGCAAGCAAUACAACCCUACCAGAUCAGUCAAUUCACCUCUUAUUUUCCGCAAAUAGAUGGGAACUCCGGGAAAGUAUCCUCAGCUCGUUGAUGGCGGGUCAAACCGUGAUCCUAGACAGAUACGUGCCGUCGGGCGUCGCGUACUCAUUAGCAAAGGGCGUCGACAGCAUGUCGUUAGAAUGGUGUACUGCUCCCGAGCGGGGCUUACCGCGUCCCGACCUGACGAUCUUCCUCGACAUUGAUCCCGAGAACGCGAAGCUGCAGAGCACGAGGGCGGACUUUGGACAGGAGCGGUACGAGGUGACUGAGUUUCAGGAGAAAGUGAGAGAGUGUUUUAAAAAGGUCUUGGCAAAGGGUGCGCUGGAUGUCGGCCCCGUGUUUACUAUCGACGCGUGUAGGACUAUCGAGCAAGUGACUGCAGAUGUAGUUCGGGCGGUGGACUCGGUGGUUGUGAGCGGCAGCGAGGUCUCUACAUUAUUAUAAAUGCACAUAUAUAGACGGCUGCAUACUUUAUUAAUAGACUAUCUUACAAGAGCACU